GCACCAGGGUGAGGCGCGGGUGCGCAAGCGGGAGUUCCGGCGGGAGACCCGUGCUGAGGGCCGGCACCUUCACCAUGGCCUCGUCUGGGCUGGACUACACCAUCGAGAUCCCAGAUCAGCCCUGCUGGAGCCAGAAGAACAGCCCCAGCCAAGGUGGGAAGGAGGCGGGAACUCGACAGCCUGUGGUGAUUCUCUUGGGCUGGGGCGGCUGCAAGGACAAGAACCUUGCCAAGUACAGCGCCAUCUACCAUGAAAGGGGCUGCAUUGUGAUCCGAUACACGGCUCCGUGGCACAUGGUCUUCUUCGCCGAGUCCCUGGGCAUCCCUUCACUUCGUGUUUUGGCCCAGAAGCUGCUUGAGCUACUCUUUGAUCAUGAGAUUGAGAAGGAGCCCCUGCUCUUCCAUGUCUUCAGCAACGCUGGCAUCAUGCUGUACCGCUACAUGCUGGAGCUCUUGCAAACCCAUCAACGCUUCUGCCACCUGCGUGUGGUAGGCACCAUCUUUGACAGUGGUCCUGGUGACAGCAACCUGGUAGGGGCUCUGCGGGCCCUGUCAGCCGUCCUGGAGCACCGGCCUGCCAUGCUGCGCCUGUUGCUCCUGGCGGCGUUCGCCCUGGUGGCAGUCCUGUUCCACGUCCUGCUUGCUCCACUCACUGCCCUCUUCCACACCCACUUCUAUGAAAGGCUACAGGACGCAGACUCUCGCUGGCCUGAGCUCUACCUCUACUCGAAGGCUGAUAAGGUGGUCCUGGCCAGCGAUGUGGAACGCAUGGUGGAGGCACGUCUGGCACACCAGGUCCCAGUGCACUCUGUGGACUUUGUGUCAUCUGCACAUGUCAGUCACCUCCGCGACUACCCGACUUACUACACAAGCCUCUGUGUCAACUUUGUGCACAGCUGUGUCCACUGCUGAGGUCCUUGCUCCACCUCACCUCCAGAAAUAAAUGCCUGGCAUUUCUCCACAACUACAUCUGUGGGGCCCUCUUCUGGGUCAACUCCCUAUGGCCCUUUGGAACUUUUGUGGUCCCCUAAGUAGAAAAUCCCAUGGGCCUCUGUCCUAGGUGACUGCUGGUGAUCUGCUUACCCCAGGAUCCUAGAGGGUGGGAGUGCCUGGACUUAUCUCUUUGGGAGCCUUGCAGUUGGUUGUGUUUGAACAAGUGCAACAAUUAGGCUGCUGAUUCCUGUGGCAUUUAGUCUGUGAAGGGUUAAUAAAGGGGGGGAGCUGGGGAUGAGCUCCAGAAUUGAUUUUUUAAAAAAAUUGUGGUAAGAAACUUAACAUGAGUACUCUCUUAACAAAAUUUUAAGUGUACAAUACACCUUUUGUUAACUAUAGGCACAAUGUUGUACAGCAGAUAUCUAGAACUUAAUCAUCUUGCAUCUUGCAUAAACUAGAACCUAAUCAUCUUUCAUAACUGAAACUUUAUACCUGUCGCCAGAGUUGAGUUUUGAUUCCUUGAAUGGAAGGUGAGAUUUGUGAGGAGGUGCCAGAAGGUAGGCUUAGGCUGGGGUAGGAGCUGUUAUAUCUGCUCUAGAAGGGCAAAGCUCCACAGCGUGAUCCCCUUGGGUCCCACUUGGGAGUUCACACAGAGAGGCUUUUCUGACCUCAUUGCCCGGGAGUCUGAGGUAGAAGCCGGAUGAGCUGAGGAUGCAGGGGUUAGGGGCCUGCCCAGCUCCACCACUUUGCUGGGAGGAAUCUGGAUCCAGGAAAGUUACAAGCUGUGUAUGCGACGGACACAUGGAGUGGGAGGCAGGAAGGCAGCGGCGCUAUAACAGGAGCUGGGAGCCCUAAAGACCGAAACUGGGGUAAGGGGUUUUUUGGCUGAAACAACAAACUCCUUUAUUUCUUUGAAGGGAGGGAGACCCACUCUUUAGGGAGGAGAGGUGGCUUCAGACUUGUAGUUAGUACCAUCAAUCACUGUACAAGCCACUGCUGCACAUGUUGGCACA